AGAAGCAGAAUAAGUAGAAGCCCCUCCUCUUCUUUACGCAUCUCUGCAGCGCAUCGUGCGUGGCCAGCUCCAAACUUCCGCACUCUAAUAUGAACAACACAAGCGAAGACAACAGCUGAGCUUUAACUCGACACUUAUCUAAAGAGUUGGACAAAAUGUCGGAUUCAGACUCUGGUUCUGACCAGAAAAGUUAUAGAAAAAUGAAAGACGAUAACGUCAUCACAUUUCGACCUUCAGAUGUGAUUUUUGAAAAAUGGAACAACCUUCCUCUUUCAAUCAAAAUAGAAGCUGUUCAGCGGAUGAAAAUCUGCUCUUUCUGGCUUCCUAUUAUACUGCAGCGCGAAGAUUCCCCCAUAGCAGCCUGGGCUGUAGAAAUAGGCCUCGUCAACCCAAAGGACACCGAGGAUCUAAGUCUGAAGCAGCUGCGGAAAAUAGAAUGCGUGGAAACGAUCAUCAGAGCGUUGGAGAGGGGAACUAUCUUAAAGAACCAACCAAGACACGUUCUCGCAAUAAGCAACAGAUUUAAUCUGCGUCGUCUGGAGGUUAUGGACGAUGCUUUGAGGUGGUUGGAGGGAACAGAAGAACCUGCGAUCCGCCAGCGACUGGAGGAGUUGGGUCAUGAAACGACCCGCUUCUCGGCCCUCCGUCUGAUCUUCACAGAGUUCGCUAAGUUUGUUCAGGAAAUGGGCGGCAGCUACGAGAAGACGAUGAAGACGCUGUUCUUUGAACCGCUGGACUACCAAGUAGAGAAAAGUAAUGAGAUGAAGAGGAAAGGAAAUGAGAGCUUUCAGAAACAAGAGUAUGAAGAAGCUGUAAAGUUUUAUUCCAAAGCCAUCAAAUUUUACCCUGACAACCACUUUCUGUACGGUAACCGAGCCCUGUGUUAUAUCCGAUCUAAAAACUAUCUAAAAGCGGUUGGUGAUGGGAAACGUGCUAUUCUGAUUAAACCACUCUGGGCAAAGGGUCACUAUCGUUACUGCGAAGCAUUGUUCUUAAUGGGAGAGAUUCGCAUGGCUCUGGAAGGGAACCGUUUGGCCCAGUCGUUGUGUGACCCCGGGAGCGAUGGAAUGAGAGACCUGGAGCUGCAGCACGAGAAAUUCAAGAUGUCAGGAGGCAAGGGAUUUGUAAGGGGAACUUGUAUUAAAAACCCUGGCACUCAUUUUAAAGCCGGCUUAGUGAUGGAACGACCGCAACCUAAAGCUGCAAAAGCCAUUAGUAAGAACAAUCCAGCAACAAGCUCAGCUUCAAAGGUCUCACAGGGUAAAACGGAGAAGCACUCAGGAAAAAAUGAAAAACAUGCACAGAAAGAGAGCAGCGCUAAAGACACUAAAUCAUCGAAAAGUGACAUUUCUUCAAAGAACAGUAAAGGGGAAAACCACAGUGCAGUGAAAAAGAAACCAAUGAACAGAAACAGUCCGACUAGAGAAGAGAACCAGAAAAAAGCUGAAAGUAAAUCAGAUGUUUGUGGAAAGUUGAGGUCUUUGGUUCAGGACGCCCACAGCGCCCUGACUGACCAACGCAGCCGCAACGCAGAGCAGGCAUUCAGCCAAGCGCUGGCCUCACUGGAAGAACUCACAGCAAAAGAAUUCGGGCUUUCCACGCUGGACGUGUUGUUGUUACUUUUUGGUCGCGUGUCAGCCCUGACAGAUAUCGGGCAGCCUGAGGAACUUACAGAAGCUCAGAAAGUCUUGGAGAAGAUGAAGUCCUACGAGGAGAGGACGUUUCAGUGUCUGGUUUACUACUCCAUCGGCAGAGUUUAUCUCAGAGAAAACAGGUUUUCAUUUGCUCUGCAGCAGUUUUCAGAUGCCCUGCAGAUGAUGAAGAAUCAAAUAACUCCUGGUAAACUGACCUGGCCGUUAACCAAAGAGAUUGUCAGAGAAACACAGGCAGACUAUUUUAAGGAGAUUCUAGAGGGCGCUAUAGAGCUGUGCAGGUUCCCUCCUCCUCCUGAUGCCGUCUGUCGCCUUGAGAAAUGCCACAGUGCCGUCAAAGCUGAAAUUUUCUUCAGGGAUCCGGAUUUUAAGGGCUUCAUUCAGUUCUGCUGCUGUCAGAGCUGCAAGGUUGAAUUUCACAUCGCCUGUUGGAAAACCCUGAAGACGUCGGCCUUCUCCGACAAGAAUGAAAAGGAUUUACUGCAGGAAGCGUGUUUGACUCCAGACUGUGUCGGUCAAAUCUGUAGCAUUAAAAUCUACGGUCCUACAGGUCUGGUGAAAUGUAAGUUUGAAGCUACAAUUCCCAAACUACCGACUCCAAAGGUGCCCAAAUUGAAUCAGAAGUGUACGAGUCAGAAGAAAUUAAAGUCAAAGGAGGAGCGUAGGCUGAAGAGGAAGCAGCACAAACAGUCAUUUCAGGGUAACCAGACGAUCAAUGAGGAGAUUCUGCAGCAGGAACAAAACACGGCGACUCAAAGUCAGCAGAAAGCCUGGCUGCUCUUCAGGGACCGAGUUCUCCUGCAGAUCAGCCAGCACAUGGAGCUGCUGAGGGAGGAGAAGGGCCUCCAGGUUUCUGCUCUGACCAGCGGUCUGAAGCCGUGGCUGCAGCUGGACUCGUCCAGAGGGAACCCGCUGGCCGGCAGGAUGCUGAACUGGCAGCAGGAGCAGCUGCAGACUCUGGGUCAGGCUGUGGAGCUGCUGCUGGAGAGGAGGAACCGGGUCUGGGCUCGGGUUUUUAUCCAGCAACUGAGUAUCUGUGAGGAAGUGAAUCCCAAACUGAACAGCUGGGCGUGUCAGCUCAACGAUGCAGGUCUGAACGCUGCCAGAACCUUCAUCGAGCGCUACUCAGGACACCUGGAGGAGCUGGACUUGGCUCAUCUGCUCGGCUUUGGCCCGUUACAGGAGAUAAUUGUAGAGAAACUUGGCACUAGGCCGGAGUUUUUAUCAAGCAUUGGCUUGACGGUGACUGAAUUCCUAAAACAGGCACCGCCGCAUGACAUGAGACUGUUUAUCUGGACUCUGGAGGAGCAUAGAGAUGACUAUGUCUCCUGCCAUACUAUACUGGAUGAGUAUUUUGAAGUGAUGGACGGACAUUGUUCAGUCUUAAAAAAGUCUGAUGAAAAUCAAAAUAAUUCUCCUUUGAAGACUAAGAGUCGAGGCCGAAAAAAGAAACAGAAAGAGCCAAAGGGCAUUAUUGUUUUGUCUGGGAUGAGAAGUGGAACUCCAAGAGACGAGAGGGACCAGGACUUUUUUGAAGAUGACCCUUUAUCAUUCUUUGAGCCUGCUGAUCCGUUCAGUGUUCCGAGUCAUCUUCGAGAGCAAGUGGCUGAUUUUGAGGACCAAUACAACGGAACCGGACACGGAGGUCUCUAUAAAAACAUUUUGGACAACAACCCCGACCCAACAAAAGAGAGUUUGUACGACUACUUUGCUCAGAUCCUGGAUGAACACGGUCCGCUGGUGGCUGAGGACCCCCUGCUGGUGGGUGAACUGGUAAAUUUCCCUCCCGUCGCCCAGCAGAAGAUCCAGGACGCGGGCGGCUUCGAGUGCUUCCUCCUGGAGUCCCUUCGCUUCAUAAAGAUGGGCCGGUGCAUCGGAUUGGCUCAACACGCCGUUUCCCUGCAGCAGGCCGGACACGGAGCCAGUCUGGACGACCUGGACGACAUCUCGGACUCUCUCGAUAACUCCCCACCUUCUGAUAUGCUUGUGGAUUUUGAGACUGGUUUCCCUGCCUACGAUUUUUCGUCCACGCAGCCCGACAUCUAUCCCAUCCUCCCAAAUCCAUACGCGUUUGGCUUCCAGAUGGACGCUGACUCCCUCACACAUUGGUCUAGCGGCGACAGUGAGCAAGCCGCUUACUAUUUACCCGAGCAUUACGAGGACUUUUACCCCUCUGAGGCUGAUGGAGUUUUUGGAAGUCGUCCAGGAGAAGUCACUUUAAUGGCAACUGAUGAAAACUUUUUGAAGAGAGACGCAGAAGUACAGACGUGUCCGGAGGCCAUGAGGAGCGUAGCUGUAAAUACUGAGCUUAAUGAGCGUUUUGAGAGCUGCCAGGGCGACAUCAACAAACUGGAGAAGGACAACCGGAAGCUGGAGAAGCAGAUCAAGAAAAUGUCCAACGGCUGCAACAAAGUCAGUCUAAGUAACAGAGAAGACAUCAGUUUACUGGAGGAGGACAUUCGGAAGAUCACCGUCAACAUACAGGUGACCAACAAAGAGCUGGUGCUGUUCCAGCAGAAGUUGGAGGAGGAGGUGAGGAAGGACCAGAGGGAGAAGAAAGCAAACCAGGAGGCCCUGAAGGCCCUGAAGCUGGAGAUUGAAGAUCUGGUGGAGCAGCAGGGGAGUCUCGCUCGCAGCAUCCGAGAGAAGAAAUCCAGCUAUGACACCAAACUGAAUGAUUUCCUAGAGCAGGGAAAUCAGUCAGAAGCUGAGAAGUUGAGCCUGGAGGAUGAGAUUAAACGCUGUAAAGCCUUGUUAUCUUCAGCCAAAAGGAGGUCUCAGACAGCGAAGCUGCUGGUAAUGGAGAGCAACCACGACCAGGGUUUGUACGGACUCUACAGAGAGCAGGCCGACGCCAAGGCUCUACUCACCAAACUGGAUGAAGCAAAACACAGACACCCAAACCAGGAUCUGGAUUUAACCAGGAACAGCUGCAGAGCCAACAUUGAGGAGAUAGAAAAGAAAAUCUCCACCGCUGAGCGGCUCUACAAGCAGCAGAUAGAACAAGUGAAGAACGGCAGAAGAACCAAUGAGACGCCUCCAGUUAGCAACCAGCCUGAACCUGCAGCUUCACCACUUUCUGCCGCUGCUAAAGAGUUUACUCCUCAUUUUUCGGCUCAGACGUCCCGCGGCGCCUCCUCACCCGUCCAGAAACCUGCUCCACCUGCAGCUCAGGCCCCGACUGUCCAACGUAAACCUCCACCCAGAACCACUGAGCCUCCUCGCAGCACCGUGUUUGAGAAAGCCAUGGGGAGCCUGGCCACCAUGUUCCCCGACUACACAAGGCCAGACCUGAUGAGGUUUGUUCAGGAGCUGCGUUCAACCAGCGGAGGAAAUCUGAGCAGCAUGACGUUACAGGAUGUUGUUGGUGGAGCCACUCAGCUGAUCCUGGACCACCAGGAGCGGCUUAAUUCUGCCAGAUCCAACAUUGUGGGUCGUGGGAGUCCAGCUCAGUGUGCGACCCCCCCACUGCUGAACCCAGUCUGGCAGCCCCUCGGAUCCCAGAGAGCCCCGAACCCCAACGCACUGAACAUGGAGGAUCCGUGCAUCAUCUGUCAUGAGGACAUGGUUCCAGAGGAGACCUGUGUGCUGGAGUGCAGACACAGCUUCCAUGAAGAGUGCAUCAAGUCGUGGCUGAAAGAGCAGAGCACCUGUCCCACCUGCAGAAAUCACGCUUUGCUGCCUGAAGAUUUCCCUGUGCUGCCCGGCAGGAGACGCCCCUGAUGUCUUAGCGUUCUUCACUAACCUUUACCGACCUUACAUUUAUGUUUUAAUAUUUUAUCUUUCUUUGAAAAUGUUGACCUGUGCAGAGAGUCACCAGUUUAUAUAACGAGGAAAUAAAACUGUCCUGUGUUUGAA